AUACAUAUGAUUACAUAUUUACUCGUUCAAUAGUGCAUUUUCAUAUAUGCAUAUGUAUGAUAAAAAUUAUUUCAAAGGAUAUAACUGUUUCAUACGAAAAUUCUGGGGUAAGUGCCGUGUAGUUCAACACGGUCCUCUUUCCAGAAGGCCAUGCCUUCCCCACUCCGUGGCCAGAUCUUUCUAGAACAAUAUAUCACUUGUUUAAUUCAAUAUGGCUAAUUAUUAAUUAUGGCAAUGCAACGUCGGGUUGCUUGCCCAGUUUACGCGUUACCGAUGAUAACUCAUCGGUCAUGCGACAUUCGUUUUGGAACCGCCUUUGGAUCAUCGCAAGCUCGCGCUCGGUCCGCCCUGACGUUUUGGCUCUCCUCGCGAACCCAUCGCUAGCAAACAGCGGCGGAUCAGCUGUUCCGAAAAUCAAUAUAUUGAUCGGACCUACUGUGCUCAAACUCGAUAUAAUAAUAACAAAAAUGAUGAAAAGUGAAUAAAACUAGAAAAAAAAAAGAUAAAAAAAAAUGCUCCCCACGGUACAUUAUCCUUAUCAAGAGCACCCGUUGAAAAGUUCACUGAACAUUGAUAAACAAAAAACAGUGAAACAGAAGAGGCAUCCUUGGCUUUGAGAAAUUCAAAAAUUAAGAUUUGAAUUUUCUCGAACAUUAUUUCGCCAUUUUACAUUUUAUCAUUUAAUUUACUCGAAACGAAUUUCACGCAUACAUUAUUUACACAUUUGUUUUAUAUUCAACGGGAAGCUCCAUCGGGACAUAUCUAGAAACAUGACAUCGAAUUUUAUCGAUGGAAAGCAUUUUGUUCCCAGCACGCGACAAACAACCUGAAUUAAUGAUAAAGCAACGCGUUCGUAGUAGAGACACGAGCGAUUAGAAUUUGAAGAAACGGAAUCGUCUUAUAAAUUUUCCUUCUCGCGUGUAGGAAAUCAGAUUUAUUCGAGUUAUCGUGCCUCGGCGUUACGUAUGCAUAGUUGAACGUUUGGUCAUUAAUCGUCUGUCGCGGCGUAUGGUUAUCCCUAAUUAUUAUCGAGUAGGCGUGUACGUUCUAGGAUCGAAGCUAUCACGGAAUCAUCGGCGGAAGGUCGAUUGAAUUUUUCAUGAAACGUGGCAUGCAUCGUGCGACGUAUCCUUAAAUAACGCAUCGCGACUCGUGGCACACGUUUCGUGCGACAGUCGCACUUUUGUCGUUUUGUUGUAAAGACCACUUUUUAUCGUGGACCAACAACAGUUUCAUGAAAGUAUUCCACGCGUCGUUGUCGCGAUAAUCACGACGUUUCUCGUAAGAAUUAAUUUUGAGAUAAAUAUGUACCAGUAAUAAAAAUAUAUCGAACAGUUCUAACUGAAUCGUAUGGAAAGUGUUUAUUUUUAUAUGAUUCUGUUGUAUGUCGAAUCGACUGCUUAACAUACAUACAAAAUAUACGAAAAAUGUACAUAAUGUAUGCGGAAUGUAUCAUAUUUAGAAUAUUUUGAUUAAUAUAGUAAUAUUAAUAUUUCGUUAUAUUCUGCAUACAUUCAAUGUUAAAAUAAUAAUAUUUAUCAAUAGUACCUUUAUCAAAAGUUUAUUAUAGAACAUACACAUAUAUGAACUUAUAAUGUAUUAAUGAUAAAUAUUAAUAUUUUAAUACAGCAUCUAUGUAGAAUGUAUUAUGGAUAGAAUAUUUUAAUUAAUAUAAUAAUAAUAAUAUUUCGUUAUUAUAGGCACAUAAUUAAUUCUACGCCCAAUAUUAUUGUAUUACUGGUUGUAUGUUUUGCAGUUUUUAUUAGAAUGAUUUCGUCCCAUUUAGUUAUAUUCCAUCGCUAUGUCUGAUGACCAGUUAUCCAUUGUGUUAUUCAAAAUUUCGAAUUUCAAUUCCUUGCAUAUGAACUCUAUUUUUCGUGCUGCGUUCUUUUAGAAGGCUGUACGCGGAAAGCAAACUUGCAAACUUUUUCUACGAAGUAUCGAGAAUUCGAUUGUUGCAAUCAUGGAUAGGGAUAGGCCAAACAGAAAGCAAGCAAAGUUUCGAAGAACCCUGCUGAAUAUAUUGAAAACAUGUUACAACGUUUUGAGAAAACAGUCUUUGGAAUUUUGCAACCAGACUGGACUUCACGGGUACAAAUAUAUUGCCGAGCCUCACCGUUCCACGGCAGCAAGAAUCGCGUGGGCAAUAGCGGUGUUUACAUCUCUGUGCAUCGCGCUUGGGAUAAUUAAAAUCACUUUCGAUUUCUAUGAAAAUCACCAAGUUUCCGCGGUUAUCGAGUCGACUCAUCACGGGAUAUGGAAUUAUCCGUUUCCGGCGGUAACCGUGUGCAAUAUUAAUCGCAUAUCCCUCAGAAUGUCACGGGAACUAGCUGAAAAAUUAAUCAUCCCACCGACUAUGUCGAAAGAAUUUAUUGUCCAAGAGCUAAGCUUACUAAACGAGUUAUUAUAUCCUGGAAAGAGCGCGGGGAACAUUCGGACCAAUCUCUCGCGAUUGCAAAAUAUCUUUGACAGAAACGACUUGUCGAUUCCAAUGGUGAUCAGAGCUGUAACGCAGCCCUGCAAAGAGUUUCUAAGCUGGUGCAAGCUGAAAUUUAAGGAACGCAACUGCAGCCAGAUAUUUAAAACGAGUUUCACCCGUGAGGGGAUAUGCUGCAGUUAUAAUUACGUCACGACCCCCGAAGAAGAAUCGGUUUAUCGCCGAGAACCGGUUAGAUCAGCUUCGUGUGGUUAUCAGAGUGGUCUCCAAGUCAUGCUAAAUGUGGAUCCGGACGAUUACCAUGGAAGUAUGAUAGGAUCCAUAGGGAUUAAGGUCAUGCUGCACGAUCCUCACGAUUAUCCAGAUUUCGAUGCGUUGACUAAAUUAAUAAACAUCGGAAAAUACUCAUUUUUGACCGUUCAACCGGAGAAAAUGUACUCGACGAGCAACCUUCAUUCGGUGCGACCCUCCAAAAGAACUUGCAUAUUUAGUCACGAAUGGUCUACGAUCAAAAAUGCCAUCCGUAGAGAAGACAGUUUCCCCACAGCAAAAUAUUCAUUCCGAAACUGCAUGACGGAAUGUCGAGCAUUCGUAAUAAAAAAGAAGUGUGGAUGUAUUCCGUAUUAUUAUCCACAAAACAAUACCAGAGUAUGCAAUCUGAGAGACGUUGAGUGUCUAGAAGCAUUCAAAUACUGGUACGAAACAUCUUGGCCAGGAAUGGACAUGUCGCCCAAAAAUUUACCAUUUGUAAAAGUGGACAUCCAGCAGAAACCUUGCGCUUGUAGAUCGGACUGUGAUUUUUAUCGUUUUUCCAUGGAAAAUUCGAUGGGAAACCUUAACAAACACACUUUUUACAACAAAAAUAUAAAUAAUACCAGUAAGGUUGACAUCUGGAAAAAUCGCACUAUGAUACACGUAUUUUUUGGAGAUCUGGUAUCCAUUCAAUAUCGACGUGACGUGCUUUACAAUUGGCGUCAUAUGUUUGCAACGUUUGGCGGCAUCCUGGGAUUGUUUGCUGGCUUUAGCCUUAUGUCUGUUCUCGAAUUUAUUUAUUUUUUUGUUAUUCGCGUUAUAAUAGAUGUGUGUAGAAAUCGAAAAAAUACAAAAGAUACGAUCCAAACGGACUACCAAUAACAAUGAAUCGGUACAUCGAAACAAUUUGUAUCUUCUUAUUGUAUAAGUUAUAAAAUAUAUAAGUUAUAAAAUAUAUAAGUUAUAAAA